CAUAAAAUUAUUAACAUCAAAGUUAAAACAGUAAAAACUAAUUAUUGGGAGGACAAAAAUAUUUUUAAUGUGUAUCAAAUUGACUUCAGAUCAUAAAGGCGCAAUGUUUAAAAGAAUAUUCUGCUCUGCAUUCUACUUAGGAUCAAUUUAAAGCUAAACUUAUCGAGCUAAAAAGAUGUAUUUUCUAAGGUAUCCAUUACAUGAUUAUCAUCGAUGCAUUGGCUACGAUUUAAAAGAUACUACAGUUAUGGUUUUAAGUUAUUCUCUUUAAGAGAUACAAACUCGCAAAAAGUGCUUUAAUUUGUUGGUUUGGAUUAGUGCCUUGUUGAAGCUAGCGGCAAUUUUGGAGAAUCAUGUUCUUUAGGACAAUUGAGGGGGAAUAGGGGGAAAUUGAGAAGGGAAAUUUCAGAGCACCCGGGUUAAAACCUGCGCCAAGGCAUUUCAUAAUUUAGGGAGUAAUUGAUGGUCUAACUGAGAAAUAAAAACGACCACCUGUAAACAAUCGAUUCAUGAAAAUCGGGAAAAAAUUUGAUGAUUUAGAAACUUCCGGUUACAAUAACUAUAAAAACAAAUCAUUAGACGAGGAAUUUAGAAAAUUUGUGAGAGGAGAAGACUGACUUAGCAGACACGAAAGAAGCCAUCAAGAAUUUGCAAAAGGCCGCGUUCUAGAGAAAGCAUGGAAGGGAAAUUUAUGCUCCUCACCUUAUGUGUUGCGUUCAUUAAUGUCGAAGGAACAAAGACAUACAAGCAUGGCACGGUGAAAACGUCGAGCAAUGUUCGCAAGGAACUGAUUAAUAUCAAACAGCAUAUCGACCGAAUCGUCAAAAUAUACGCCCAAGAACACUUAAUUUGGGUUCAAAGAGAUAAGCUUUCAAUCAAGAAAAAUCUAGCUGUCACAUGCAGAAAUAGGAUUAUCAAAGAGAAAAUGUCGACAAAACACAGAGCGAGGGAAAUAUUAGAGACAAUUCAAACAAUGGUUAACGAGCUUCAGCAAAUGCAAAUCGAUGAAUCGCGCUUACCUAGCGGAAAACAAGAUCUUGCAAAAGAGCUGAGGCAUUUAGAAUUUGACUUGCGAGAUAUAGCCGAGUCAAUGUUCACUAGAACGGUUAAAAGAAUCAUUGGUCAGAGUUUUGUUCCAUAUAGUGUUGGCAGUCUUCCAAACAACCCAAGUCCUUACUGCUGUAGGCCGAAAACUGUGAGAGCCAUUAAUGUUCUUCAGUUACAUAUGUUGCAAAGCUGCAUUUGGGAUAUCAUACGUGCUUUGAAGAAAGAGCUGCAUUAUUUGGUGAACUGAAGACCCAAAUUGUCCUUCAUUAUCUCUAUCUAUUUAUGAGACAAAUUUAUUGUCAAGCUUUAGUAGGUUUAUCUUUACUACGUUUUAAAAGUAUUGGAAAGUCUACAUUCCAGAAUUUUCUUAACACUUUAGUACAAUAUAAUUUCCCCUGUACUAGUAUAUAAUGAUAACAUAUUUGCUCAACGUAUGUAUACUGUUCAAAUAUUGGUAACUUUACUGCUGCAUUAUCAUAAUUGAUUCUAUUUAAAAGUCAUAGCUUUUUAUUGCAUGAUAUAUAUUGGAAACUGUUAUUAUUAUCAACAGACCAAAUUUCAUUUAAUUUUCUGCUUCACUAUAUGGCCACAAUUUAAGCUUUUUGUGCAUAGUGGAAUUGCCUUGUUUUUUGGCAUCCUAUUAACUCAUUAUUAUCCGGAAUCAAAAUAAAUUUAAAGGCACUUGUGCAACCAGCACUCACUGCAACUAUAUUUUCAAAACCUGUGUCUAUUAUUCAACAACAUAAAAUAUACAGCUAAUUUCUCCCUGCUACUGCAAAAAUCAGCAACCACAAAGCAUGCCAGUUGCACAAGAGACUUUCAAUGAACAAAAUUUUGUUGUUGGGUUGGGA